AAUCUGCGUCACCCAUUGGCUAUACAACUAUCAGUCUUUUAAGAUUUCCUCCAGUCAGCUGUUUGACCCUCCUCGCUUCAGUGAAUGUAGCAGCAGCCAUGUUGGUUUUACAAAAGAGUCAGAAUAAUGGACAGUAGUGUCAAACCGGCUGGGGCACCCAAAAAAGGGUCAGUCUAAUAGAAGGAGGGCAGCCAAGGGCUGUUGUAAUAUCACGAUAUGAGUCGGCCAUCCUCUGCGGGAGGCAGCAGUGGAUUAGGCUCUGGAAAGGCGGCAGGGGGCAGCAGUGGUGGUGGCGGGGGCAAGCACGGAGGGGGCUCUGGGGCAGCUGCUGCUCUGUCUGCUGGCCCAGGGCCCACGCUGCCUGCACCCACUGCUUCAGCCCCCAGCCCGGCCACCACAGGUAGUGCGCUGCCUGCUCAGGCUGCUGAGCUAACGGCCUUAUUCGAGUGCCCGGUGUGUUUCGACUAUGUGCUGCCGCCCAUCUUGCAGUGCCAGGCAGGCCACCUGGUCUGUAAUCAGUGCCGUCAGAAGCUUAGCUGUUGCCCAACUUGUCGCGGCCCGCUCACUCCUAGUAUACGGAAUUUGGCCAUGGAGAAGGUGGCCUCAACUUUACCCUUCCCUUGCAAGUAUGCAUCAGCUGGUUGCCUGCUGUCGCUACAUCAUACAGACAAACCAGAGCAUGAAGAAGUGUGUGAGUUCCGCCCGUAUACUUGCCCCUGUCCUGGGGCAUCCUGUAAGUGGCAAGGAUCACUGGAUGCAGUCAUGCCACAUCUCAUGCAUGCUCACAAGAGCAUUACAACACUUCAAGGAGAGGACAUUGUUUUUCUGGCCACAGACAUUAAUCUUCCAGGUGCUGUAGACUGGGUUAUGAUGCAGUCAUGCUUUGGACACCACUUCAUGCUUGUCCUGGAGAAGCAGGAGAAGUAUGAAGGGCAUCAGCAGUUUUUUGCUAUUGUCCUGCUAAUAGGCACUCGUAAACAGGCUGAGAACUUUGCCUAUAGACUGGAAUUGAAUGGGAACCGCAGAAGACUGACUUGGGAAGCCACACCAAGGUCUAUUCAUGACGGUGUAGCAGCUGCUAUCAUGAACAGUGACUGUCUUGUAUUUGAUACCUCUGUUGCACAUCUUUUUGCAGAUAAUGGGAAUCUUGGAAUUAAUGUCACAAUUUCAAUGUGCUAAUUUAUUAUAAAGAAAAGCCCUUUCUCUCUUACUGCAGGACCAUUUCCUACAAGGCAGGCAGUCAACACAAAGCUGGAGAAUGAGAAGAGAAGCAACAGCUCCAUGCCUUUACUGUGGUAUAAGGUGUGGACCCAUUGAAUGUUUGCCACAGUUGGCACACAUGAUGAAUAUGACUAAGAACCGUUCUGUAUGCGUGUCUAAUUCUUGCUAGGAGCUCAGUGAAACUGCAGCCCCAAAGAAGUGUGUGUGUGCGUCUGUGUGUGUGUGCGUCUGUGUGUGUGUGCGUCUGUGUGUGUGUGCGUCUGUGUG